AUGGACGUGGACGUGGACAUGGACGUGGACGUGGACGUGAACGUGGACGUGGACGUGGACGUGGACAUGGACGUGGACGUGGACGUGGACGUGGACAUGGACGUGGACGUGGACAUGGACGUGGACGUGGACGUGGACUGGACGUGGACGACGUGGACAUGGACGUGGACGUGGACGUGGACGUGGAAUGGACGUGGACGUGGACAUGGACGUGGACGUGGACGUGGACAUGGACGUGGACGUGGACGUGGACGUGGACGUGGACGUGGACGUGGACGUGGACUGACGUGGACGUGGACGUGGACGUGGACGUGGAGGACGUGGACGUGGACGUGGACGUGGACGUUGACGUGGACGUGGACGUGGACAUGGACGUGGACGUGGACGUGGACGUGGACGUGGACGUGGACGUGGACGUGGACGUGGACGUGGACGUGGACGUGGACGUGGACGUGGACGUGGACGUGGACGUGGACGUGGACGUGGACGUGGACGUGGACGUGGACGUGGACGUGGACGUGGACGUGGGACGUGGACGUGGACAUGGACGUGGACGUGGACGUGGACGUGGACAUGGACGUGGACGUGGACGUGGACGUGGACGUGGACAUGGACGUGGACAUGGACGUGGACGUGGACGUGGACGUGGACGUGGACGUGGACGUGGACGUGGACGUGGAAAUGGACGUGGACGUGGACGUGGACGUGGACGUGGACAUGGACGUGGACGUGGACGUGGACGUGGACGUGGACGUGGACGUGGACGUGGACGUGGACAUGGACGUGGACGUGGACAUGGACGUGGACGUGGACGUGGACGUGGACGUGGACGUGGACGUGGACGUGGACGUGGACGUGGACGUGGACGUGGACGUGGACGUGGACGUGGACGUGGACGUGGACGUGGACGUGGACAUGGACGUGGACGUGGACGUGGACGUGGACGUGGACGUGGACAUGGACGUGGACGUGGACGUGGACGUGGACGUGGACGUGGACGUGGACAUGGACGUGGACGUGGACGUGGACGUGGACGUGGACGUGGACGUGGACGUGACGUGGACGUGGACGUGGACGUGGACGUGGACGUGGACGUGGACAUGGACAUGGACGUGGACGUGGACGUGGACGUGGACGUGGACGUGGACGUGGACGUGA